ACCUCGAACAGAAUUCCGUGUACUUUUCUUCUGAUCAAGAAGGAAUUUUUAGGAAAAUUGCUAGUAAACACGAGUCUUACAUAAUUUAUUUACUAUACUUCAAUGGCAUCGGCCACUCCUCAGGGGGCAAACUUGCUUUAUGGACUGCGCAAAUCAAAGAAAUUUACGGAGGGUCUAGGAGCCCAAUUGCCAGUUGCAUAUAAAAAGUUUUGGGACGAAUGGAAAAAUCGUCAGCCAGCAGCUGUUCACUAUGUUCCGAAGGAUGGAAUGUUCGAACGCGAGGAUGCAACAGGACUAAUAAAUCCAAUUCAAAACGUACCACUGCCACUACUCGUUCCAUUGGAAGCCCACAAGGGUUUAUGGGGAGGGGAAGCAAUUAUAAAAGGUUUCCAAAAACGAAACCCCUACAAACGGCGUGUUCCGCACUUUUGGGUUCCUGUGUUGAAACGUUCGGUGGUUCAUAGUCAAGUACUAAACGAAUACAUGGCGGUGACAGUGACGGACCGGACACUGGAACAGAUUCAUGAUAAUCAUGGUUUCGAUCACUAUUUAUUGAAGACUCCAGCUUGUGACCUUCGCUCUAUGCUAGCCAUCAGACUGAAGAAAAAGAUUUUGUUAGAUCUGCAGGGAGGAUGUCCGAAAUAUGCUGACCAACCGGAAAAGCAACAAGCAAUCAUUAAAGAGUACGCUCCCUAUCUUUCCCAGUACACCGCGGAGGAAAUCGAAUGGUACGGUUUAACGUACGUAGAAGCUAUUAACAAAAUUCAAAAUCAGCUGAAUUCGCAAGAAGAUAAGCGACCACAUAAGUUGAUUUUUCGCGAAAAGUUAAUUGAGCAACUCAAGGAAGCUGGCAUCAAAGAGGCACAGGGGACUGAACUGAAGGGAAUCGAAGAUUCCAGCUCGUCAUCUUGGCUUUCCAAGUUAAGCUUCAAGCCCAAAAAUUGGUAGCACCGGAAUAGCUAGGAAAAUAGAUCAGCAUAAACCGAGAGCACAGAAACGAAGCAAGCAGCAUGUGAGGUGUAGUGUACCGCUAUUGGCCCCAAACUGGAAUUUUUUCACGUUACUUCAUAUGGAAAAAUGAUGUCUGUAUGUAGCAAAACUAUCAGCAAAUGUAAAAUGUUUAAAAUGUAUCCGUCAGUUGGUAGUCGAGUAAUUCGGGGUUAAAAUCAGGGUAUUUUUAUAAUCAAAGUUCUACAGUUCCUAAACAAGCAAACAUAGAGGUAUACUAUUUUCAGCAAAGUCGUGUAUUUUUACUAUUUGUAUAACUUUGUAACACAUGAAAAAGUCAUACAACAAUUACAAAAAGA